GGCUUCGUCCCUCCCCUUUCGCGUCCUCGCCUCGCAUCAGCAUCACGAGAAGCGGGCCGGCCGCGCCUCACGUCGUCGAACCGCGGCCCCGUGGAAAUAUUCGGGGGGCGCCAUGUCUGAGGUACGCAAAUUCACCAAGCGGCUGAGCAAACCCGGCACGGCGGCGGAAGUCCGGCAGAGCGUCUCCGAGGCUGUGAGGAGCCCCGUCGACCCGGAGGAGCAGCCCAAGUUCAUCGAGCCUUUGGACUACGAGGCCGUGGUGUUCCAGAGAAAGGCUCAGAUCCACAGCGACCCCCAACGAGACUUGCUGCUCUGCCCCGCUGACGACGUUUCGGAGUCCCAAAUAUCCCGACAGAGGCGGACCGUGUUUCCCUCUGUGCCCCAGAAUGCGGAGCGGGAAGCUAGGAGUCUGUUUGCCCAAAAGUGCAUCAACAUGUACAAGACCGACUGGCAUGUCAUCAACUACAAAUACGAGGCCUACUCCGGCGACUUCCGCAUGUUACCGAGCAAAGGCCUGAAGGCAGACAAGCUAGCGGCUCACGUGUUCGAGGUGGACGAAGAUGCCAAAGACGAGGACACGUCGUCGCUGUGCUCGCAGAGGGGCGGCGUCCUGAAGCAGGGCUGGCUUCAGAAAGCCAACGUGAACAGCAGCCUGUCCGUCUCCAUGAGGGUGUUCAAGAGGAGGUACUUCUACCUGUCCCAGCUCCCGGACGGCUCCUACAUCCUCAACUCGUACAAGGAUGAGAAGCACUGCAAGGAAACCAAAGGCUCCAUCUACCUGGACUCGUGCGUUGACGUGGUUCAGGCACGUCACGUCACGACAGGCGUGCGGUCGGCCGCCGCAAAGCUUUCGGUUAGAAGAGGCUGGCUACUCGCGAGACGAAUGGCCGCAGACUCCUUCUGGCUCAUAGCUCGUCGUUUAUUCUUGCGCAAGUGGAUCGCAACUCCCAGUUGCCCUAAAAUGCGGCGGAACGGCUUUGAGCUGAAGAUGCAGGAGCGCUGCAGCCACUUUUUGGCGGCCGACAGCGAAGCGGAGAUGGAGGAGUGGGUGGCCACGCUGAAACAAGCCCUGCAGAACAGCACCGAGGCCUGCCAGGAGAGGAGGAACGGCGGCGAGGCCCCGGACGAUGACGCCGCCGGCCAAGGUAGAGGAGAGAGCCAGCCGGAGGGUCUGGGGAGGAACCUCCAACCUGAACUCACAAAGUAUGCGAGGGAGACGGACCAGCUCACGAAGAUCCAGCGCAACGAAGGCAGGCACAAGCUUUUCUCUCUGGACCCCGAGACACAGAGGCUGGACUUCUCCGGCAUCGAGCCGGACGUGAAGCCGUUUGAGGAGCGCUUCGGCCGCCGCAUCGCGGUCGGCUGCCACGAUCUCACCUUCAGCCUCCAGGGCUGCGUCAGUGAAAAGGGUGACGGCGUCCUUACCAACGUUGAGCCCUUCUUCAUAAGCCUGGCGCUCUUUGACAUCUCCAAGAACUGCAAGAUCUCCGCCGACUUCCACGCGGACCUCAACCCGCCCUGCGUGAAGGAGAUGCUGAUCGACACGGCGGGCCAGCUCUCGCCUCGCGCAGACGCCGAGGGAGGAUGCAGGCCCUUAGCGAGCGAAGACAGCCUGCCUGUUCUCCAGAGAGCGUCGGCGGCGCUGCUGCAUUUUCCGACACAGGCCAUUUUUUCAGUAACCCACCCCCAUGCUGAUAUCUUUCUGGUGGCCCGUGUGGAGAAGGUGCUGCAAAACGGCAUCACCCAUUGCGCCGAGCCAUACGUCAAGACUUGCGACGUAACCAAGACCGCCCAGAAGGUCCUCAAGGCGGCCAAACAGACGUGCCAACGCCUGGGCCAGUACCGGAUGCCCUUUGCUUGGGCCGCCAAGCAGGUGUUUAAGGACGCUCAGGGCAGUCUCGACAUGGACGGCAAGUUUUCUCCCCUCUAUCGCCAAGACAGCGGAAAAAUCUCCACCGACGACAUCGUCAAGCUGCUGGCCGACACCAGGAAACCUGACAAGAGCAAGCUUCAGACCAUCCCCGGGCAGCUGAAUGUCACCAUCGAGUGCGUCCCGCCUGACUUUUCCAACACGGUGACGUCCUCUUAUAUUCCCGUGAAGCCCUUCGAAGAAAGCUGCGAGCGUGUAUCCGUGGAAGUCGAGGAGUUCCUGCCCGAGGAAGCCAAGUACAGCUACCCCUUCACUACCUACAAGAACCAACUCUACGUCUACCCUCUGCAACUCAAAUAUGACAACCAGAAAAGCUUCGCCAAGGCGAGAAACAUAGCGGUCCGCAUACAGUUCCGGGAUUCCGAUGACGAAGGUGCGCCCCCUUUGAAGUGCAUCUACGGGAAGCCAGGGGGCUCUCUCUUCACCAGCGGCGCCUACGCAGCGGUCCUGCACCACAACCAAAGUCCAGAAUUCUAUGACGAGGUAAAGGUGGAGUUACCCGUCCACUUGCACGAGAGGCACCACAUCCUUUUCACCUUUUACCAUAUCAGCUGUGAGUCCAGCAGCAAGAAGAGAGAAGCCGUGGAGUCUCCGGUCGGUUACUCCUGGUGGCCUCUGCUGAAAGACGGCAGGAUGCGGUCGACGGAGCUCCAGCUACCGGUAGCUGCGACUCUGCCGCCUGGAUACCUGGGCCAGGACACCGGAAAGGUUUGUGGUUUGCAUCUUGCCUAUGCGUUCUGUUGCUUCAAAAUGUCCACAUUUCCACAGACCCAACCGGAUAUCAAGUGGGUGGAAAACGCAAAGCCGCUAUUCAAAAUGAGAAGCCGCGUAGCAUCAACGAUAUACGCUCAGGACCUGCAUCUCCACAAGUUCUUCGUGCACUGCCAGCUAAUGAGGAACACCUCAGAGGACAACCGGGCAGAACUUAUCAAAUACCUGAAGUGCCUACACGCCAUGGAGACGCACGCCAUGGUGCACUUCCUGCCCACUGUGCUCACGCAGCUCUUCGAGGUGCUCUCGGCAGCCACCGAGGAAGGCCGGGAGAUCGCCGUCAACUCUCUGCGUGUCAUCAUCCAUAUUGUCUCCAGGUGUCACGAGGAAGGGCUGGAAAACUACCUGCGCUCUUUCGUGAAGUACGUGUUUGUAUCCCAAAGCCCUGCGCCCGGGAACGCGGCGUAUACCCACGAGGCGCUGGCCACGGCGGUCACGGCCGUUCUCAAGCAGACGGCAGAUUUUAACACCAGCAACAAACUGCUCAAGUACUCCUGGUUCUUCUUUGAAACGAUGGCCAAAUCGAUGGCUCAGUACCUGCAAGAGGAGCACCGCAUGAAGAUGCCGCGGGCCCAGCGCUUUCCGGACACUUUCAAUCAGGCGCUUCGGUCCCUGGCGCUGUCCGUCAUGCCUCACAUCACCAUUCGCUACGCGGAGAUCCCCGACGAAGCCCGCUGCGUCAACCUGAGCUUGGCCCAUUUGAUCAAGAGGUGUCUGACCUUCAUGAACCGGGGCUUUGCUUUCGCUUUGGUCAACCACUACAUGUGCCACUUCAGGUUCAACGAUCCCAAGGCGCUGACUGAAAUGAAGUUUGACUUUCUGACGGUGGUGUGCAACCACGAGCACUAUAUCCCCCUCAAUCUGCCCAUGGCCUUUGGGCGCACCAAGCUGCAGAGGGUGCAAGAUUUUAUUCCGUACGCGACGGAGCUUUUUGGCCCUGUAGAACAAAUUCUGGAAUCGGGCCUGACCGAAGAGUUUUGCCGCAACCACUUUCUGGCGGGCCUGCUCCUCCGAGACGUGGCCGCGGCCCUGCGGCGGGGGCGCGAGGUACGGCGGCUGGCCGUGAGCGCGCUCAAGAACCUGCUGAUCAAACACGCCGCGGACGAUCGUUACACGGCCUUCAAGAACCAGCAGGCCAGGAUCUGUUUGCUGUACCUUCCGCUGUUUGAGCUGCUCUUCCAGAACUUGAAGCAACUGUCUGCCCAGCCGCACAUUUGCAAUCUCAAUGGCUCUCGGGACGACCUCGCGUCGAGCGCUUCUACAGACAGCAAGAGAACCAGCGCUGCCAUCGAGAAAGACCCCAGCUUGCCUGCCCUGAACGGCCACGUCGUCAGGAGGGACGACUCCACGGGGUCUCUGCUUCCGGAUCCUGGGACGCCAGAUAACAUUGACCUGCAGAGACGCGGCUCCGCUCUGAGCGGCAGCCCCGGGGCCCCCGUCGGCAGACUGGGCCCUUACGAAAUCAGGGGCCUCCUGUUUACCUUCUUACACGUGGCCAAGACCUUGUCAGACGACACUCUCCUGGCCUACUGGAACAAACUUAGCCCUCAAGACGUGAUGAACUUCCUCAGUUUGCUUGAGAUCUGUCUGGUUCAGUUUCGAUACGUCGGGAAAAGGAACAUCGGCAGGAGUCAAGAGGCGUGCGCGUCCAAGUUGUUCUCACCUGACAGGAAGUCGCAGACCAUGCCGGCCACGCGCUGCCACCGAGCCAGCGCCUUCCAGACCAAAAUAAACCAGUUGGGCACCGCGGAGGCCUCGCUCACUCUCAACAUAGGGAUGGGGGCAUCCGAAGCGGAGAUCCAUCACCAGGCGGUGCUGGAGGGCAACAUCUCCACCGAGGUCUGCCUCAGCGUCCUGGAUGUCCUCUCGCUUUUCAUGCAGUGCUUUAAGAGUCAGCUGGCAGACGGUGACGGUCACAACCCGCUGAUGAGCAAGGUGUUUGACGUUUACCUGAGCUUCCUCAAAGUGAGCCAAUCAGAAGCCGCCCUCGGGCACGUGUUUGCUGCGCUUCGGGCAUUCGUGAACAAGUUCCCCUCGGUGCUGUUCAAAGGUCGCGUGACCCUUUGUGAGCUUCUGUGCUGCGAGGUGCUCAAGUGCUGCGUGUCCAAGAUGGCCUCCUCGAGGGCCGAAGCCUCGGCGCUGCUCUACCUGCUCAUGAGGAACAACUACGAGUUCACCAAGAGGAAGACCUUCCUGCGCACGCACUUGCAGAUCAUCAUCGCCGUGAGUCAGCUGAUCUCCGACGUGGCCCUCAGCGGAAGCUCGCGCUUCCAGGAGUCGCUCUCCAUUAUCAACAACUUCGCAAACAGCGACAAGGCCAUGAAGUCCACAGCGUUCCCCUCAGAAGUCAAGGGUCUGACCAAGCGCAUCCGCACGGUUCUGAUGGCCACGGCCCAGAUGAGGGAGCACGAGAAGGACCCGGAGAUGCUGCUGGACCUGCAGUACAGCCUGGCCCGCUCCUACGCCAGCACCCCCGAGCUGAGACGGACCUGGCUGGACAGCAUGGCUCGCGCGCACCUCAAGAAUAACGAUCUCUCCGAGGCGGCCAUGUGUCACGUUCAUGUGGCUGCGCUGGUUGCCGAGUACCUGCACAGGAAAAAGUUGUUCGCCGGCGGGCUGGCCGCCUUUAAGAAGAUCACGUUUAACAUUGAGGAGGAAGCUGCCAUGAAGGAAGACACGGGCAUGCAAGACGUCUACUACACCGAGGAAGUCCUGGCGGAGCACUUGGAGAUUUGCGUGGAGGCUCUGUGGAAAGCCGAGCGCUACGAGCUCAUCGCGCACGUCGCCAAGCUGCUGAUCCCCUGCUACGAGAAGCGCCACCAGUACGAGAAACUGAGCCGACUGUACAACACGCUGCACCGAGCCUACAACAAGGUCAUGGAGGUCAUCCAAUCAGGUCGCAGGCUGCUCGGGACCUACUUCAGAGUGGCCUUCUAUGGACAGGGCUUCUUCGAGGACGAGGACGGGAAGGAGUACAUCUACAAAGAGCCCAAACUCACCGGCCUUUCCGAAAUCUCCCAGCGCCUGCUGACGCUCUUCGGGGAAAAGUUUGGGCCGGAAAACGUCAAGAUAAUUCCAGACUCCGACAAGGUGAACCCCAAAGAUCUGGACCCCAAGUUCGCCUACGUGCAGGUGACCUUCGUCAAGCCCUACUUCGAGGAGAAGGAGGCGCCCGAGAAGAAGACCGAUUUUGAGAAGUGCCACAACAUCAACCGCUUCGUGUUCGAGACGCCGUACACGCUGUCGGGCAAGAAGCGCGGCGGCGUGGAGGAGCAGUGCAAGAGGAAGACCGUGCUCACAACGGCCAACACCUUCCCCUACGUCAAGAAACGGGUGGAGGUGGUCGGGGAGAAGCAGGUGGACCUGCGUCCGGUGGACGUGGCCAUCGACGAGAUGAGGUCUCGCACGGGCGAGCUGCACAAGCUGUGCUCCGGCGCCGACGUGGACAUGAUCCAGCUGCAGCUCAAACUGCAGGGCUGCGUCUCCGUGCAGGUGAACGCGGGCCCCAUGGCCUACGCCCGCGCCUUCCUGCGUGACGGCAAGCCAAACCAGUCCGGCAACAAGAAGGCCAAAGAGCUGCGAGAUAUUUUCAGACGUUUUGUGGCGGCGUGCAGUAUGGCUCUGGAUAUCAAUGAGCGUCUGAUCAAAGAAGACCAGUUUGAGUACCACGAGGGCCUGAAGAGCAAUUUCAAGGACAUGGUGAAGGAGCUCUCCGACAUCAUCCACGAGCGGAUCUACGAAGAGGGCAUGAUGCGCUCGCUUCUGCAAAACUCCCUCAACGUGUUCCGCGCCAUCAGCGGGACCUCGGCCGACCUCGGCUGACCAAGAAGCGAGACGAGGCCGCGAGGCUACAUCCGCCUUUGAGUCCAAGUCACGCUCAGAUGCGCUGCGUUUGUUCGUUUGUUUUGCCUUCUUUUCAACUGACGGCGCGUCGCGGAACUGGCCGGUGUCCGCCAUGCCCAUCUAUGCGGGAUACGGUUUUGUUUCCCCUCGACAGAUGCGAGCGUGCCUGCGCUGCAAUUAUUAAACAAGGACCCCAGAGCUUUGAGUUCACCAGCCGGUCACAUAAACACGCGGGUCAUGUUUCAAGAGUGUCGAGUCGCUUGAAACGUCCGCGCGAGCCUCGAAUAAUGCGACGCUUAUGCAAUAUUUCACGAGUGCUACACUGAAUCAUAGCCAAGCAGAUGUACAUCAAUUGCUCCUCACUCCUCAGUCUAUUUCUGCUCAUGCCUGUAUGGAUAUUUAUAUCGAUUUUUUUUUAAAUAUUGCUUAGUAUGCAGAAUGCAGAAAGUAGAGUCGCUUGUUAAAUGUAGCCCUCCCCAUAAAAGCCAGUCAAACAAAAGUC